AGCUCUUUAAUUGUUAUACUCAUUUCUUUCUACUUUUUGUUUGUGUUUUCAUAGAUUUCUUUAAGGGAUUUAUUAAUUUCCUCUUUAAGAUCCUCUAUCAUAUUUAUAAAGGCUUUUAAGGUCCUUGUCCUGUGCCUCAACUGUGUUGCAGUUCUCGGAGUAUUACAGUACUUACUACUGUAGUAAGGUUGCCGGACUGUAGUGGAGACAUAUUGUCUUGACUGUUACUGUGUUUUUAUGGUGGUGUCUAGGCAUCUGGGUUUGUGAUGAUUGUAACUCUAGGGCUAAUAUCUGGUCUUUGUUGUGUGGGUGUUUUGUUCCUUAGUUUCUGUUUCCUCUCUGGUUCUUAGGAGAGCGCGGUGACUGUGUGAUGCCUAGUAGGAAAUUCUUCUGGGAUCCUGCCAGGUGUGGCCACUGGGAGUUCCAGUUCAUCCAUGAGCUCAGAUUUCCCACAUUACAACUUCAGGAUGCCUAAUAUUGGAUUCCAGAAUCUGCCUCUCAACAUAUAUAUUGUGGUUUUUGGCACUGCUGUAUUUGUCUUCAUCCUUAGUUUACUCUUCUGUUGCUACCUGAUUAGGCUAAGACAUCAAGCACACAAAGAAUUUUAUGCCUACAAACAGGUUAUAUUAAAAGAAAAAGUUAAAGAACUGAAUUUACAUGAGCUCUGUGCUGUGUGUUUAGAAGACUUUAAGCCUCGAGAUGAACUGGGGAUUUGCCCGUGUAAGCAUGCCUUCCACAGAAAGUGCCUUGUUAAGUGGCUGGAAGUCCGGAAAGUGUGUCCCCUGUGCAACAUGCCGGUGCUGCAGCUGGCCCAGUUGCACAGUAAACAGGACCGUGGUCCCCCUCAAGAGCCCCUCCCUGGGGCAGAGAACAUUGUAUAGCUCACUGAAAGGAUCAGACUUGCUGGAUACAUCAGUGUGGAGCCAGGAGGAAUACAGCAGACUUUGUUUGGGCUGUUCGCUGCCUGGGGCACCCACUAUCACUUCCUUUGCCUCAUGAAGAACUCUUGAGCCAAGGCAAGCUGAGACCCUAGGCCUCUGGAUCUUGUGACAACCAAAGCAUUCUGACAUCACCCUAGGCCAAGAGGGGUAGAUGAGCCUGCAGGUUUGGUUUCAUAAAUUUCCUGAGCAUCUCUUGCUGUCUCCCAGGCACCUCCACAUCAACCAGAAGGGAAGAUAACACAGGUAUUAGAAAAAGAACUGAGAAUGGGACUUCAAUGCCACACCCUUCUGUGGACCUGUAAGCUGCUGUGCAGACCUCACCUGUCUCUGCCCUCUUGGCAUCCUGAGUCGUGAAACCAGCUGUUCCAUCAGCUGAAGCACAACUGACUGCCAGUGUGUGGUGAGGCAGCCCCUGUAAGUCUCUUCAGGUUCUAUCCCUUUAAUAAGGCCUCUGGGAACCUGAAGACUAUGGAACAGCAUCAGCAGAACUCCUUGCCACACCAGUUCACACUUGCUGUUAGAUCUUCCAAGUUGAAGCCAUUAGACACACUUGGAAAGGCCUGGUCAGGAGCCAUUCUUCUGUUUUCCCUCCUAGUCAGUCAUCAGUAAGAUGCAGCAGGAGCUUGACCCUGAACCUCAACUAUCUUAUGUAACCCAGGAGCCAGGGUACUACUGCUUAAGUACCCCACAAAUGCAGUAUGAUUCCAUUAUAGCUGCUGGCCUCAGCCCACUGGCUAAGGAGUCUCUCAGCUCCUUCCGCACCAAGGCCAGUGCUCACCCACCUGAAUGACCAGGACGCUGACACUUUGCUUCUCUCUUCUCCUUUCCCUCCCCUCCUCUCUUCUGCUUCUUUUCUAUGUAAGAAAAAUGUUACUGCAUUUUUAAACGUUUAUCCCAAAUAAGCUCCCUGUAAUUCUGAAGCCUGAAGCCAGUGAGCCACCUGGAGUUGUAAAUAGUUUGAGGAAGCUCCUGCAUGGCUGGCCUUCUAUUGGUGUGUACCUCAGUUACUUGUACUUGAGAUCCCUAACUGAAGGUGUUUUUAUAGGAAAUGCAUGCUGCUCUUUGGCUUUUCCUGUCCAACUUUUCUAGAGAUAACUGCCUCCAAUAGGCUUUGUGGACACUGUAAAUUAGCCAUGUAAAGCACAGAACAUUCUUUUACAGCUUGCUCUCCCCUCCCUCGUCACAAGAGUGCCACUGUAAUGCCUCAAUUGCUGUCCUGCUGUCCCACAGUUAUGGAGGAAGUUUUUGUAGGAAGUACAGCCUGGCAUGAAGAGGAAUGGGGGGAGGGGGGGCCUUUACUAUGUUCUUGCCAUCUACCCAAUCUUAGAAUGAGAGGGAACCUGCCUUUGCCUCCUGUAGCUGAGUUCAGAUGGGGAAGAAAAUUCUUGUCUAACGAGUGCCAAGGAAGCCAAAUGUGGUACACACACCUGUAUAGUCCCAGCUGAGGCAGUCAGGGUCACAAAUUUGAGACCAGCCUUGGCUUCACAGUGAGAUUCUCUUGCAAAAGGGGGUUAGGGGUUGAUUCUUGGCAGAGUCCAUUUGGAAAAUUACAACUCUGGUUGGUGAGGAUUGGCUGUCCCCAGUGUGUGCUCUAUUUAAGGCAGGCCAGCUGGAUUCCUAUACAGAGCAAGGGGUAUGAAACCAUUUUCUGAGUCUUAGCCUGACUGGCCCCUAGAAUUCAUGCCUAUGUUCCUCUUGCUCCUCUGUUAUGUUUGAAGCACCAGAGUCAAAUGCCCAGAUACUCAGUUUACAGUGAAAUGUUUUCAGUGACCAAUGCCAGAAGUGGGCUUCUUCUGGCCUAGUUUUGCUAUAGGUUAGCAUUCAGCAUUUCAUAUUGCAUAACUGGACACAGUAAGAAAAUGUCCCCUUAAAGAUCACCAAAUGGUUAGUACUGUAAAUUAUUACCACUCACAGCUUUUGUAGAACCUUCAACUGGAACCUUUUCUAAUCCUGUCCUUACUAGUAAAAAGCCAGACUUACCAAAGCUCUGUAUUUGUAAAGGCAGAAUUCCUCAUCAGACCUCCAGACAGGUUGAGUAGAUGAUAUGCAGUGAAUAGUCAGGCUUUGGAAGAGUACUCGGGUACUCUGCUCUGUAUCAGGACACCCAUUCUGCUGGGCCUGAAUGAGGUCCCCUAAACGUUUCUGUUCAUGUGACUGCUUCCUAAGAGACAUUCCUUGGGCUGGAAGCUGUAACUGUGCAAAGUAUGCUUUUCAUCUCCCCUUCUUGGCUUGGUGGGUAUCACCUCCUGCUGCAGCAGCCCCCCCCCCACGUCAUUCUGGCCCUUGCUAGUGACAGCAACUCAACAUUUACACUGAUGUUUGGGUCCCCACCAGUGUUCCCUGUACAUCUGCAGUUGGGUCAUUUCCUAAGUUUCUGGUAACAUUUAUCUGGGGAUGAAGAUUUUGGUCUACUCUCAGAUUAUUUUUAAUCUUGUCAGGUAUCUUAAAUAACUAGGAUUGGGUGCUACUUGUGGGCUAUGGGUUAGUGGAACAAAAAUCAGCCCUAGCUGGACUUCAUGCCAUGAUCAUUGUUGCCAGGGAGUCGACUGAAUUCAGCUGGCAUAGAAAUGAACAAACCUGCUCUGAUCAAAUUUCUGCUUGAGUCACUCUCGUGUAAGCUGACAUCUGUGUUUCUCUGCCAGGUGUAAUUUAGUUUGGUCUAGCCCUGACCAUUAAGGUUCUUGUAGCAUGUACUUACCUAACCAGGAAGCAGGACAAAGGAGCCAGGUAUGGACAGGUGGCCUCUGGGUGAGGUCUAUACUGAGGAAUACAGGGGUCCUCCCACCAUUGCCAAAUACUGUUCUCGACAAAAGAUCUUUUCCUUGGCUCUGUCUCAAAGCAUGCUAUCUCUGAUUUCUAACAGUCACUCUGAGCUGUGCUGAACACCUACAGCACGUAUUUUCUGGGAAUCUGAGAUGCCCACAGAGGUUUCAGGGAGAUCUCUGCAGAAGUGCUUACACUAGUUUGAAUUGUCUACUCACUGCUCAUUUGCUUUGUGCUUUUCUUCAGGUCAGCCUCUUAGAGCAUCCUUUCCUUAACCACCACCCAGGAAUUGUAGCAAGGUUCCUAGAAGACAUGUCUGUCAAGUCUGGUGGGCACAGACAUGGGGGAGGGGGGACAGGAGCUACUGAUAGCACAUACCUUCCUAGUGGGUCUUCCCCUGGCUCUGCUACAGUCAAUAUAUUGAGACAGGUUCUAUGUACUCCCAGUUGUCCUGAAACUGCAGCCUCACAAUCAAAGAUCCUCUGCACCUGCUGCAAUUAAAAGCGGGGCACCAUGUCUGAGCUCCACAUUGAAUCCUGACUUGGUUGCUCAGUCUUCCUUUGAGUCUUUAAAUAGGCAAUUCUUCACCAAAUUCACAUAUCACAGUAGUUGUCUUCCUUGCACAAAAAAAAAAAAUCUAUCCCAUGAGCACUCAAUUCAUUGUUCCUUUUGUCUCCCGGGGCGGGGCAGAACACAUGCACACAGUUGUAUGCAUACAUUGAGACUUUAUAUAGAGAGUCAUUCCAGAAUAUCUACAUGAAAGGAACAGACAUGGAAGUUGUUUUUUCAUAUAGAUUCUUUUACAGAUCCAUCUAAUAAAACAGCACAGCUGAUUUCCCUACUCUCCAGGAUGAGUCUUCCCCCUAGCACUAAACACUUUCUUCAGGUGCCUGACCAGCUGCCUUUCAAGUCACUCUGGUCACAAGUUGGUCCUCAGGGCCAAUAGUCAUUACAUCUUAGUGUCUACAAAUGAGACACCACAGAAGCAAAUGCUUCCUACAAAAUGCUCCCCUCACUCAACUUUCUGAUUAACAGAAAUCAUUCCUACGUUCAUUUUUGCCAUCUAAGGUAAAAAUUAAAGCAGCCUCCUCUAGGCAACCAUAAGGGAGAGCAGACAUGUGCCUUGCUCUUCAACAUCCACCACCCAAAGUUCUACCCCACUCACUCACCUGUUUCGCAGCAGCCCAGUGAAUAAAGUGUCCCUGUGCCCACUCAGGAUGAACCCUGAAAAGUAGAGACCCAUCCUUCAUGCAACCUCUAGCCUGGCUAAUGGCUUAAGAGCAGUUACUGAUCUUCCAAAGGACCCAGGUUCAGUUCCCAACACUCACAUGUUGGCUCACAGCUUCAAUCCGUGUGGCUUCAAUUCCCAGAGAUCUCUUCUGGCAUUUGAGGCACCAGGUGUACACACACAUACAUUCAAGCAAACACUCAUACACAUAAAAGCCAAACUUUUAAAAAAAUUACCAAAAAUGGAAGCAUCACAGUAUCUAACUAAAUCUUAGAGAUGAGGACCUGAAAUGCCAAUAAAGGCUUUUUAAUAAAAUUAACAGGCCUUGGGUACACUAAUUGAGUUGAACACUAGCCCAUUUUCAAGUUCAGCUUUAGAACUCAAAUUGCUUCAAGAUGCUUUUAUUCUAAUUAGACUAAGCAAGUAUCCACAGUCUUAGUUCCUUUGUUCACAGGGUCAGGGAGAACACCCUUGCUGUUUCAAAGGCACGAUAUAGCUAAGGACAUGGCCCCACCAGUGUUAAGGGACUUGCACGGUUGAAACCUCAGCACCACCUAUCCACUCCAGCCUGGCUGAUGUGGAGAAGCAGGACAUCUUCCUGGUGAUGACCUGGAACUGGUACCUCUGGGUCUCUUGACAAGUCAUUGCCAGGAAAGUAGGGGAGUGGCACUUUAGUCUUGUAGUUUAACCCUUUGGGGCUUAUUUACUAGAUAUAACUCCCUCAAAAAAGGUUUAUGAAAUGCUGAGCCUCAGGUUUCAUAGACUGUUUGUACACUAAGAAUUCUGCAGCAGAAUAUUUUUAAAUAUUGGUUUUUGUAAGCUAUAUUUUUGUAUAUUUAAUUGCUAUUUUAAAACUUUAAUGCAUUUUUUGCUAAUCACUUGUUAAAAUAAAACAUGCAUGUAAUUGACCCAAACACAUGUAAAUAAAGGGCAGAUUUUGAAAUA